ACGCGAGAUAUCGGGAAUGCGACAAAACGGCGACAAAGUACGUCGUUGUCGUCAUCGCGGUCGUGUUGCUUCGUUUAUAUCAGCUGUUUUCCCUUUCAAAGCGUCGAAGUGUCUCUGCGCGACCGAUCCGCGACCGAGAUCGAGUCAAAAUAGACCGGUACAUACGUGCGUCGUCCGAAGGUGACACGAAGACAAAUCAUCGGGGAUUUUCCACAAAGCGAUCUAGUCGCUUGUAUCACUACAAUGGAAGUCUACACGAGCGACGAAAUCGCCAGCCACAAUAACGCCAAGGAUCUAUGGAUCGUGAUACACGGUGAAGUCUACAAUGUCACCAAGUUCCACCAGGAACAUCCUGGCGGCGAGGAAGUGUUGCUGAAAUUAGCGGGGCAAGAUGCGACAGAAUGUUUCGAGGCCAUCGGCCACAGUAAUGAGGCGAUUGUUUUGCGUGAGAGUUACAAAAUCGGAAAGAUAGCGAACAACAAUGUGAGCUCCGAUAAGAAAACAAAAACGAUGAAUACAGAAGUAAAAGAAUCGAUGGAGCAGGAUUGGCAGGAUCAAGAACCAAACAAGGCACGAACGACGUUCUGGUCCUCGACAAUCAUGUGGUUCUCUAUCAUAAUUUAUGCCAUAAUAAUUUAUUAUUGGAUCAGAAAACUAGGAUUUAUCAGCGGAAUUUUUUAAUUUUAACAUAACGCUAAAAUAUGCAAAAUGCAAUGUUAUGUAUAAAUUCAU